AUGGGCCGGUCCUUUCGGCCCCAGCGGGUCUACCAGACGGCCAAGAUCAACCUGGCUAUCCCGCGCCACAGCGGCGAGCGUCCAUCUCCCCCAGUAUGGCUCAAGGUCAUUGAGAAAAUACCACCGGCCGAGAUCUUGACCCGUCCCAAACCCAUACCGCACCGCGAUCCGAACCCACGGCAGCGCCACCCGCGCAACAUCUUCAAGCCUCAACGGAUCACGUACCCAGAGGACGAGCUGCGACGGAACUUCUUCAAAGACCACCCGUGGGAGUUGGCACGGCCCAGGGUUGUGGUGGAGCUCGACGGAAAGGAUGCGAGAUAUGUAGACUGGAGCAAGGGCCUGCGCCAGCCCGGUGUGCCAGUGACCGGUGAAUCGGUCGUUCAGAGGCAGUUGUGGCUUAUGGAGAACGUGGAAGGCAUUACAAAAGAGCAGGCUUACGACAUAGCGCGCAAGGAGCUCUACGAUAUACGGCAGCACCAAGACAUCACAAGACGUAUCGCCCAGGAAGAGGCCCGCAUGGUUGGGGCGUACUUCGGCAAGUCGAGGUUGGAGGUCAGCAUGGAGCUGGAGGACGCGGUAUACGAGAAGUGGAAGGUAUGGGCAGAGGGCGAGGUGCAGAAGCUCCAGACUGAGCGCGAGAAUGCCUAUGCCAACUUCGGCAGCAGCGACGAGAAAGCGCUCGAGGUGGAACAACUGGGCAGCCUGGAAUGA